CGGUGGUUCGCUAUGUUGCACGCGAGCUAGUUGACUGGCAUACUCAGUGAGAUAACUUGUAUUCUGGCUAGCUGUAUCUAUCUGUCUGCUUAGCUAAUUCUGUGCGGUACAGCGUAUGGGAGGCAGCUCUCAAGCAAGCGAGGUAGUUCCACGAAAGGCAGACAGCCAGGAAGCCAGCUUUGCGAGCUAUCUGCAGUUAGAGAAUGAGUGAAUGUCAUUACCGCAAACGACACGGCUCUCUACUCUAGUUAGCGAGCUAACAGAACCCAUAGCCAGGCAGCAGUGGUGAGAGAGGUUAUAGAGCGAGGUGGGGGUGUAAAUGGUCGGGCUGGGCGAGUGAGAGUUGUGCGCGGUGUCCUUGCUCGUGAGGGAGGGGUGAUAGUGUGAAAGAGAAGGGAAAGCGGACUGUCGACCAGAAAUGACAAGGCGAACCAGAUAGCUGGCGAGUUACGACAUAGCUGGGUUUGCUUUGCCCCAAUGUCGGCGUCGUCCGACCGCAACUAUGCAGAAGAAAAGCGGAUUAACGACAAUAAACGACAAAUUAAUUAGGUGCAACGCACUGGCAAAUUCAUAUGCACCGCGGGCAAGCCCACAGCCUCAAGAAGCAGCUUGCAUUUUACGGACACGGUUCGCUGUACUGUUGCUUAGAAAAAGAAAUUGAAAACAAAUUCCAUCUCAGCCACAUCAUGCACGUAUGUGGACACAUGAAGAUUUGCCAAAAAAGCUAAAGAUAAGAAGAGAGAGGCUCAGUUUUUCAGGAAGAAGCAGUCGCGCGAGGGAAGAGAAGGCCGUGGAUUGGAGUACGGCGAUGGCGGGAACUCAGGCGAGCCUGAAAGCCCCUUUCAAGGACCUGAGCUCGUUCAAGGGCAGCAUGAAGAGGCUGUGGCGGGAGAGGGUGGAGGACGCGCCCAUCAAAAAGCGGGUGAUGGCGGAGAUGAAGCUGAAGCGCAGGGGCCAGGACGGGCCGCCCCGAACGCCGAAGGUCAAGCGGGAGAACCCGGAGGAGCGCGCCUGCGAAAUGGAGGAGGGGGGCGGGAGGCGGGAGCACCUGGCGGCCGGGUGCGGGGCCAAGGCCCUGGACCUGAGCCCGGGGCUGAAGCGCACGCUGGCCCAGUUCACCCUCAGCAGCCAGAGCUCGCUGGGCGGGCCCGCUGCCUUCUCGGCGCGCGGCGGGGGCCAGGACGGGGCCUCGCCCGCCGUCCUGGUGCCCCUCCCCUCCCCGCCCGUCCUGGGCGGGGGCCCCCUCCUGGUGCCCUGCGACAGCUCCACGGAGCUCACGCACUCGCUCCUGGAGGGGGAGUCCAUCUCCUGCUUCAUGGUGGGCGGGGAGAAGAGGCUGUGCCUGCCGCAGGUGCUCAACUCGGUGCUGCGCGAGUUCUCGCUGCAGCAGAUCAACGCCGUGUGCGACGAGCUGUACGUCUACUGCUCCCGCUGCGACGCCGAGCAGCUGAGCAUCCUCAAGGUGCUGGGCAUCCUGCCCUUCAACGCGCCCUCCUGCGGCCUCAUCACGCUCACCGACGCCCAGCGCCUCUGCAACGCCCUGCUCCACCCCGGCGCCGCCCUGCCGCGCGACCCCAGCGGCAAGCACCCCGCGCACGGGCCGCUGAAGGAGGGCGGCGAGGCCGGCUUCCAGGUGGAGCACCAGUGCCUGGGCAAGUGCCAGGGCCUGUUCGUGCCCCGCUUCUACGGGCGGCCCGACGCGCCCUGCAUCCAGUGCGCCGAGUGCCAGCUGCUCUUCGCCCCGCAGAAGUUCGUCAUGCACUCGCACCGCUCGCCCGACAAGCGCACCUGCCACUGGGGCUUCGACUCGGCCAAGUGGCCCUGCUACCUGCAGCUGGGCAGGAAGCACCUGGGCUCGCCGGAGGAGGCCGAGCUCAAGCAGCUGCUGGACCAGAUGAAGGAGAAGUUCAGCUACCAGCCCAAGAGGACGCCGGACAAAAAAGCCGGCUCUGAGGACGGCCAGGCGAGGACGGCGGCCCCCGACUUCUGCUCCUUCAGCAGCAAGCUGUCCGAGAGCGAGCCGGUCAGAAAGGCCAAGUCCCAGCCCGCCCUGGCUUUCAACGGCCUCUACCCCGACAUCAAGCAGGAGCCCGCCCACACGGCCAUCGUCCACCCCAGCUACUUCCUGUACACGUACGACAAAGUGGUGGCGCCCAACGUGUCCCUGCGGAAGGAGGGCGAGGCGGGGCCCGAGGCGCUGGGGGCCCUGCUCAAGCGGCACUGCGGGGAGGCGCGCAGGAGGACCCUGUCCUGCGACCGGGACCAGAACUGGGACCACAACCGGGACCACGACCGCGACCGCGCCGCAGACUCGGAGUCUCGCGCGCGGAGCCAGGAGGAGCUUGGGUCCCAGCGCGAGGCCCGGGCGGUCGCCAUGGAGACGGGCCCCGGCGAGGACGCCCACGCGGCAGCCAAGGACGCGAGCUGGGAGGACGACAAGGACAGGAUGGUGCUGGAGAUCGUGCAGAUGUACAGCCGGCAGCAGGAGAGGCUGCACUCCACCCUCCACAAGCAGAUGCAGCUGGAGAUGGAGCUGGAGGCGCUGCGCGGGGGCGAGGCCGUGCGUCUGCGGGAGCUGUCGGCGGAGCGCUGCGAGCUGCAGAGCGAGCUGGAGGCGGUGCACACUGAGCACGCUCAGAGGCUGGGGGAGGUGCGCCAGGAGCAGAGGGACCUGGAGCGCAGGCUGGAGCAGCUGAGACAGCAGAGCUGCGCGUGCGAGCCCAGCUCGCAGCACGACCAGGAGGCCCGCUACGCCGCGCAGCUGUCGGAGCUGCGGAGGCGGCUGGACCGGGCGGAGGCGGACCGCGAGGAGCUGCAGGAGGAGCUGUGCAGGGAGCGGGAGGCGCGGGAGAAGCUGGAGCUCAUGAUCUCCCGGCUCAAGGAGCAGAUGUCCGAGGCGGCGGCAGCAGUGGCGGCGGGGAAGCCCUCGCCCGCCGGCCCCGCACCCGGAACCCCGCCCCCGGCCUCGUCCCCGGCCGAGGUCAGCCCCGCCCACGAGUAGAGGGGCCUCCGGAGGCCCUGGCACCCUGCUACAGACUCUACAGCCUGCGCUGGAAAGACAAAGCAGCCCUCUUUCACGGCUGCUCUCCUCUGCUCCCCCCCCCCUCCUCGUUGUUUUAUUUUCUUUAACGUGGAAGUACCGUUUCUUUUUUUCCAACUUCUGUGAAAAUGAGGGUUCACAUUCAUAUUCGUUCACUCUAAACAGUAUUUAAUUUCUUUUGUUGAGAUGUGAAAGUUUUUUUUUUUAAUUUAAAGUUUUACAGAAAUGCUGCUUUUGCAGGCGGCAGGGUGUUCUUUUGGGAGCUUUGCCCGGCCCCGUGGUCCCACCCUGUUGCCCUGCCCCCCUCCAUACAGACCCCGCCCCUCAACGAUUCCUGCGCCCGCCCCCCCCCCCCUGUGGGCGGGGCUUCGGCUGUACCUGGGAUCGAGACGGACUCUCCUCUCCCUCAGCCUCUCAAGUGACUGAAAGGAACUUUUGCCAACGUUCACUUUAUAGUAUAUCACGUUUAUACUACCUGACUGACACGACAGGCACCACGGAUACAAAAUGGCGCCGUCCGCGUGUUCCUCCUGUACAUGCGGCCAAGGGUCCGUACCAGCAUCGGCGGGAAACCGCGGAGCGCGGACAUAUUUAUUUUUUACUCGUUAAUGCUAAAAGACAAAAAAAAAAAAGAAAGAGGUUAUUAAUGUUUAAGAGUAUGAAAACAUUAUCG